ACAUUGACGACCAGAAAACACGACAAGCCUCGCUAUGACACACCGAACCAGCUAACGGUGCCGGUUAUCCUGCUCUGGACAACAUUAAAAAUGAAUGUAGUUUAAACUUUACUUAUUGAAUUUCUCGCGUCGGAGUGCCGCCAAGUACAGGCAACAGUUAACGGCUGUUAACGGCAAGUGGACGGACGGAAUACGAAAGCGGAAGAACUUUGAGUUAGCAUAGUGCAGCAGUAGUUAGCCGAAGUAGUUAGCUUGACAGGCAGCUGAUAUAACGUUAAAGGUAGCAGCUAGCCGGCUAGCUUGCUCCCUUUGCUGUCAUGCCUGGAGCUCCCCGAGAUUUCACAGCGUAAACGAGAACACCUGAUAGUUAGCUGGUUAGCUUUCAGCAGCGGUUUGUUAACCACCGAGGCGUAGGCAGGGCGGACUGGACUUUAAGCAGUGACAGGUCUGAACUCACCCAUAGCUGAGGGCUUCCGACCGGUGCUGUAGCCGUCUGGUGAUCGCUCACUAUCACACACCCGAGACUUUCAGAUGACAUGAGAGGGAGCUUGCCAUACUGAGUUUCUACAAAAUGGUCGUGGAGCUGUGACAUAGCCAAAGCUUUAAGAGAAGAUAUCUCAAUCCGAGAAUCCAAGGAGAGUCAAUCUGUCUCUUUGCCAAAAACAUCCGUCAAGACUGCAGAAAUGCUGACCGACAGCAGGAAACGACACCGUAGCUGUGACAGUGAGGAGGACCAACAGCUGAGUCCUCAGGCCAAGAGGUCAGGAGGGGGUCCCAGCCUGCUAGUGUCAGAUUUGGAUUCAGAGUCUUCCAGCAGCGACAGCAGUAACGGGAUCAGUAGUCCAGAGAGAGCAAUAGUGGCCACCACCAGGCCGUGCAUACACAGCCAGAACAACUGCACCACCCAGUACUCCCUCAGCCCAAAGCCCGAAGACUCCAGUAGCUCCUUGCAGCACGGUUUCCAUGGCGAUGGCAGCAGUGUCUCUUACGACUACAUCAACAGAGUCCUGAGGGAGGCGCAUUUCAGUAGUCUGCAGACCAGAGGGCGUCCAGGCUCGACAUGACCGUGACCCCUGACCUCUCUCCUGACCUUUAUUCCCUGGCCCAUCAGUGCCGACACUACUGGCACAGCGGCUCUUCCUGGAAGGCCUCAAGCGACACACUCGGGGUCAGGGGGAAGGGGAUGUUGUGUGGGGAGGUUUACAGAUUUUGGGCACAAAGGCUCAUCCCCACCUCACCAUGUACCAUUUGUCAAGACCAUAAGCACAUCCGCCUUUCCAUGGCCCAGCCACUGUGGUUUUCUGUGCAGUAUUGAUGUGUGUGUAUGUGUGUGUGUGUGUGUGUGUGUGUGUGUGUGUGUAUGUGUGUUUGCACGCACCCUGUGCACUUUAUAAAGAGGUAUCAUUCUCUUUACAUGCGUGCGUCGAUGCGUGGACAUUUUCAUUGGUGCUAAUAUCAAGAAACGUGUGAUGAUCCAAAGUGCUUGCAAAACUAAAUAAAGCUAAGCACUUUACUCAAUAACUCCUCAUUCUGUUUACUCUCGACUGGGGAAGUCGGUCACAUGCUUGUAUCUGUGAAAUGGGAACUGUUGCGAUCCCAUUCACAAAGGAAGUUCAUGACGGCCAAUGGAUUCACUCCCAAGGAGCAUUAUUAAACAAUCCAGUUAAAUCAAAUUUUUAGGCCUUCUUUGUUUUCCCUAACCAAAGUCACAGAGUUAAAUUAUAGUGUAUUUGCAGUUACGUUUACUAUCUAAAGAAAUCUGUGUUUUGGUGUGGCACGUCAGUGGGUUCAAGGUAAUAGAACAGAGAUUCCUCAUGCGCCUCACCAACCAAAAUCCAAUCUCAGAUUAGACCCUGGCUAAUUAUAGAGCUGUGAGAGUAGGCACUGGAGUCUGUGGCUCGGGCCGUGUAAUGCUCAGCUCAGUGCGUCUCAAAAAAAACAGCCACAAGAAAAAGCUCUCUAAAUCUGUUUGUAACCAUGUGUUUAACAUUUUACACAUCAUGAGUGUGGAUGCGUCAUAAACGCCUGUCAGCCAUACUUGUUAUUUUUUUAAUGUAUGGUUUAAUAUGACCAGUACACUGUGUUGCGAAUAAGAUGAGAGAUGUGAAAGUGAUUCAUAUUUUAUGUAAUUUUCCGAAAUCAUUUGACAUUGAAAUAAAACGUUUCUGAAAGUGA